AUGCGCAAGGACGUGAGGAUACUGUUGUUGGGAGAGCCCAAAGUGGGGAAGACCUCGCUCAUUAUGUCUCUGGUCAGCGAGGAAUUCCCAGAAGUGGUUCCUUAUCGAGCAGAGGAGAUUACUAUUCCUGCAGAUGUCACGCCAGAGCGUGUUCCCACACAUAUUGUGGACUACUCUGAGGCAGAGCAAACCGAUGAGCAGCUGUUUCAGGAGAUCUCUAAAGCAAAUGUAAUUUGCAUCGUGUACUCUGUCAACAACAAGAAGUCUAUAGAGAAGGUCACCAGCCACUGGAUCCCCCUGAUCACAGAGAACACAGACAAGGACAGCAGGGUUCCUUUGAUUUUGGUGGGGAACAAGUCUGACCUGGUGGAGCACAGCAGUAUGGAGACCAUCCUGCCCGUUAUGAACAAGUACAGCGAAAUCGAGACAUGUGUGGAGUGUUCGGCAAAAAACCUGAAGAAUAUUUCUGAGCUGUUCUAUUACGCUCAGAAGGCCGUGUUACACCCCACCGGUCCUCUCUACUGUCCUGAGAAAAAAUGUAUGAGGUCCAUGUGUGUAAAAGCCCUCACUCGCAUCUUCAAAGUGUCUGAUUUGGAUAAUGAUGGGAUUCUGAAUGACAACGAGCUGAACUUUUUCCAACGGACAAGCUUCAACACUCCCCUCGAGCCCCAGGCGCUGGAUGAUGUUAAAAAUGUGGUGAAGAAGAAUGUCGAUGAUGGCGUUCGGGACAAUGGUCUAACUCUGAAAGGUUUUCUGUUUCUUCACAUUUUAUUCAUUCAAAGAGGCCGCCAUGAAACAACCUGGACAGUCCUGCGGCGGUUUGGCUACGACGAUGACCUGGAGCUAAAUCAGGACUACCUCUUUCCUCUGUUGAAAGUCCCUCCUGACUGCACCACAGAGCUCAACCAUAACGCCUACCUCUUUCUCCAAAGCGUCUUUGACAAACAUGAUAAGGACCGGGACUGUGCCUUGAGCCCAGACGAACUGAGCGACGUGUUUGAUGUGUUCCCGUACAUGCCCUGGGGUCCUGACGUGAAUAACACCGUGGGCACAAAUGAGCAAGGAUUCGUCACGUAUCAGGGGUUUCUCUCACAGUGGACGUUAACGACUUAUCUAGAUGUGCAGCGAUGCCUGGAAUAUCUGGGUUACCUCGGUUACUCAAUCAUAGCAGAGCAGGAGUCUCAAGCAUCGGGAAUAACCGUGACCAGAGCGAAGAAGAUUGACCUACAGAAGAAACAGACCCAGCGCAAUGUGUUUCGCUGCAACGUGUUCGGAGACGUCGGCAGCGGAAAGAGCGGCUUUCUGCAGGCGUUCCUGGGCAAGAAUCUCAUGCGGCAGAAGACCAUUCGUGAGGAACACAAAUCCUACUACGCCAUCAGCACAACCUAUGUUUAUGGGCAAGAAAAAUACCUUCUUCUCCAUGAAGUGUUUCCUGACUUUGACUACCUAACUGAUGCUGACUUGACCUGCGAUAUCGUCUGUCUUGUCUAUGACGUCAGUAAUCCCUACUCCUUUGAAUACUGUGCCAAAGUCUUUAAGCAUUACUUCAUGGACAGUAAGAUCCCCUGUAUGAUGAUCGCUGCAAAGUCUGAUCUUCCGGAAGUCAAGCAGAUGUACGGUUGCAGUCCGCUGGAGUUUUGCAGGAGACACAAGAUGCCUCCGCCUCAGUCCUUCACCUGCAACACCACCACCGCUCCGGCCAAAGACAUCUACACCAAGCUGACGACCAUGGCCAUGUAUCCUCACGCCCGCCUGCGCUGCAUGUGCACGUGUAACCGCUGUACCUUCUGCUUGUGUCAGAAUUUCCUCAACUCUGAGCUGCUGCAGACCGUCAGGGCCAAACUCUACGCUGUCGUGCUCCGAAGACACGUGAGUCAAGCUGAGCUGAAGAGCUCCACCUUCUGGCUCAGAGCGAGUGUUGGGGCCACAGUGUUUGCUGUUCUGGGGUUUGCCAUGUACAGAGUCCUGCUCAAGCCGCGAUGA